GCAUCAUUGUUCCACCCUGCCUGGUCUGGCACGAAGCUAAUGUACAGCAGCAUACCGACACACUCACACACACUCGUAGCGUAUUUACCUGCCAACUGAACAAGUCAGGGCCAAGUCGACUUGUCAAGGGGCGGAGGAGUAACAGAUAUCGGACUUUAUCUGCAGGCCAGCGGUGUUUUUUUCUUUUCCUUACUUUUUUUUUAUUUUAUUUUAUUUAUUUUUUUACAAAUAACAACAUAAGCACCGUUAGCAGGCUAAGCUACCAGGAAGAGCCGAGGAUAGUUGGCUAAAAGUCCUGCUCUGCUGAAGACCUGACCUCCGUCUGCAGAUUGCUGGACUUGACUGAUCCAGCUAUGUAAGGUUCUCUGAUGUGUGGAUUUCUAAAUCCAUACAGUGCCUGGUCAAGACAACUCGUGAGCUGGCCUGGAGGACAGUACUCACACGGUGACGUAACUAUCCAACAGACCUACAGCUGAUUUGGCUGAACAGGUGUAUGUUGGUCUGGAUUGUAGCAUAACUGCUUCCUGCCCUCUGCUCCCUGUGGUUCCCUUGCAAGUCUACUAUGCCUCUGGGACUGGGAAGGAGGAAGAAGGCGUCCCCGUUAGUUGAGAAUGAGGAAGCCGAGCCCAUCCGUGCGGGCCUCAAUGUGGCAGGUAUGGAAGGCCUUGAUGGAGGUGUGGUCGGGUUGGGCGAAGGGGCCGCCUCUGAAGGUCUGCCUCCCCCUCCUAACAGCAUGCGACCUCGCCUCAUAUUCCACACGCAGCUCGCUCACGGUAGCCCCACAGGCCGCAUCGAAGGCUUCAGUAAUGUGCGGGAGCUCUACGCUAAGAUUGGCGAGGCCUUUGGGAUACCACCAUCUGAGGUCAUGUUUUGCACACUGAACACUCACAAGGUGGACAUGGAUAAACUGCUGGGAGGUCAGAUUGGUCUGGAAGACUUUAUAUUUGCACACAUUAAAGGCCAACGUAAGGAAAUAGACGUGUUCAAAGGGGAAGAUGCACUGGGAUUGACCAUCACUGAUAAUGGAGCGGGCUACGCUUUCAUCAAGAGGAUCCGGGAGGGCAGCGUCAUCCACCAGAUCCAGGUUAUCAACGUGGGAGAUAUGAUUGAGUCAAUAAACGGCCAUCGCCUUAUUGGCUGUCGACACUAUGAGGUGGCCAAGAUGCUGAAGGAGCUUCCCAAAGGGAAAGAGUUCACUAUCAAGCUGGUGGAGCCUCUCAAAGCCUUUGAUAUGAUCAGCCAGCGGUCUGGAGGGUCCAAGUCGGCAUCGGGGGUUCAGCUGGGGACGGGUAGAGGAACUCUCCGGCUGCGGUCUAAAGGUCCUGCCACUGUGGAGGAGCUGCCUUCAGCAUUCGAGGAAAAGGCCAUCGAAAAAGUGGAUGACCUGCUUGAGAGCUACAUGGGCAUCAGAGACAGUGAGCUGGCUGCUACCAUGGUGGAGCUGGGAAAAGACAAAAAGAACCCAGAUGAGUUUGCAGAGGCACUAGAUGAAACCCUGGGAGACUUCGCUUUCCCCGAUGAGUUUGUUUUCGACGUCUGGGGUGCCAUCGGCGACGCCAAGGUUGGCCGAGUGUAACCGCAGAAUCUAAUGGAGCAAAGCGACCUGUGUGGGCGUUCCACCCACAACGUUCAGCACUACUAGAGAACACAACACUACCGUCAUGAGUUUGUUUUUAUUCCACCAUCUAUUUCUUCUAUUUUUGUGAGUUUGUACCUUUGGGAGACUCUUCCCUGACAAAGAGGAUAACCCGGUUCAUUUCAGAGGAAGGUGACUGCGAUGACUUCCCAAGUGCUUUUAUUUGUCUUCCAGCUUUAUUCAGAAACAACGAGCACGCCGACGAACAUUUCCUUCGAACGCAUCACAUGAGCCUGCACGUCAUCGUUGUAGUUGCUGGUAGUGGAACGGGUUGAGCGCAGGUUUUUGGGAGAAAUGAAAGACAACGGCUGACACCAAGUAGCCCUUUGAUAUUUAGCUCAAAGACGUGAUAUUUUCCACAUUGCACUGUGUUGAACUGGGCUGUAAACCAAUGUCAGAAGUGAAUAUACAGUAGAUUGCACUGUACCUUACUGAGCUAUUGCACAUUGCAAGGCAUCGGCAUUCCCGAAGUAAAGUGUCGUCCUGAACCACUUGUUAGUUUUCAAGCAUGUGCUGUUACAUUUUUACCUUAUAAUGCAUUCUACUGGUUCUUCUUUUUUUAAGGUAAUGUUGCAGAGGACUCAUCUUAGUGAAUUGUAGCUCUUGACUAAAAAGCUCAGUGGUGUCUGUUGACGGGUAACACACUCCAUGCUGGAAUGAUGUCACAUUCCUGUCUUUCAUACAUUUGACAGUGUUGAAGAAAAUCAGUGUUAACUUACUUUUACUGAAGGUCAUUAUGUUUAGAAUGAGAAGCAGGUUGGUUUCCAGCUUUGUGGAUUGUGUUGACUUUUAUUUUGUUUGGUUUUAUUUUUUAUAGCUGGUGUUUUUUAUAUGAGGUGAUACGAUAUCUAUUUUAAAACAACGGUCGUGUAACAGAUGGAUAUUUUCAUCUCGUGUUGUACUUUAUUACAGAAAGCAUUAUUAAAGAAGGAGAGAAAGCAAGACGGAGCAGUUGUGUAAAAUAGAAAAUGGCCUUCAUUUCUUCUUAUUUUUUUACCUUUUAUACGUUUAGUUCGAAGUCUGGUGUGGUGUUGUGAAACAAGUAUACCAACAGUGGAGCUGAACACUAAAAGACUUCUGUUACCCUGCAGUCCUGUAUGUUGUUCAUAGAAAGGGGGGAAAAAAAGUCACUAUUCAGUCUCGGUGAACACACCUCCUACCGAAACUCUCGGUGUUAACCUCUUCAGUAUUCCCACCUGUUUGAAGCUAUUUUGUCGUUUUUUUUCCUUCUUCAGAGUCAAUAAUUAUCUAAAUGGGUUAUGUAAUAAAAUUCUUCCUAGAACACUGUAACACUAAAAAGAAUACAUUACUUUGAUGGCUUUGUAUUUCACUGAUGUCAUUGUCCAAAUACAAUGCAAUAACAACAUCCACAUAACAGUU